AUGGACAAGAUCACAGACAAGAUCGCGGCCCUGCCGCCCGAUGCCGAGUACUUCUCGCUCGAGUUCUUCCCGCCAAAGACGGCAAUGGGCUUCUCCAACCUGCGACACAGACUGCAGAGAAUGGAACAGGCCCUGCGGCCGCUCUUCGUCAAUGUCACCUGGGGAGCAGGCGGUUCCACGGCGACAAAGUCGCUCGAGCUGGCUGAGCUGUGCCAGCGCGAGCUUGGUCUCACAACAUGCCUGCACCUUACAUGCACCAACAUGAGCCGCCGCCUCAUCGACAAGGCCCUCGAAGACGCCAAGGUCCUCGGAAUUCGCAACAUCCUUGCCCUCAGGGGCGACCCGCCGCGCAACGAAGAGUAUCGCGAUGCCGACGACACCGACGACGGCGCCGCUGAGGACUUUACCUGGGCCAUUGACCUGGUUCGCUACAUCCGCAGCAAGCAUGGCGACUAUUUCUGCAUUGGAGUCGCGGCUUAUCCCGAGGGCCAUGCCGACGAGAGCCACCCGUUGGGCCAGAGCCUCGAGCACGACCUGCCGUACUUGGUCGACAAGGUCCAGGCUGGAGCCGACUUUAUCAUGACGCAGCUGUUCUUCGACAUUGACGCCUACGACAAGUUCGAAAAGACCCUGCGAGAGCAUCCCAGUGGCGCUUUCAAGGAUAUAAUCAUAAUCCCUGGCCUGAUGCCCAUCCAGAGCUACCAAAUGAUCAAGCGGACAACUAAGCUCAGCCAUGCCAAGAUGCCCGAAGCCAUCAUGUCUCGGCUCAACGCAGUCAAGGGUGACGACGAAAAGGUGAAGCUGGUCGGUGUGGAUAUCGUCAGCGAACUGAUUGAGCAGAUUCGCACCAUCAAGAGCCGGAGCACCGGCCGCAAGGGCUUCCACUUUUACACCCUCAACCUCGAAAAGGCCGUGGCUUUCAUUGUCGAGCGGACCGGCCUCAUUCCCGACACAUCCGAUAACGAGGAGGCUGUCGUUGAAGACACUAGUGCGGUCCCCACGCUCCAGGUCAACGGCAACGUUCGCCUCCGCACAAGAAGUCACUCGCGGACAUCGAGGAGGCAGUCUUCGGUCGGAUCAGACCCUCACAACAGAGUCAUCGUCGGCAGCCAACGCCCGUCCCACCCUGAAUGGGAAGCCAGCGGCCAAGAGGCCGGCGUCCCCGCCGAGGCCAUCAACUCGCGUGCCAACACCUUGGCCAUCUCGGAGGGUGAGGGCGUGCUUGGCCGGGAGGCUACCUGGGAUGACUUUCCCAACGGUCGCUUCGGUGACUCCAGAUCCCCGGCUUACGGUGAGAUUGAUGGCUAUGGCGUCAGCCUCCACAUGUCUGUCGCGUCAGCCGUGCGGUUAUGGGGCCACCCCAAGACUCGUCAGGACAUCAGCGACAUCUUCGUGCGGCACAUGAAGGGUCAGCUCGAGGCCAUUCCCUGGAGCGAGGAAGAGCUGAUGCCCGAGUCGUCCGCGAUUCAGCCUCGGCUCGUCGAGCUCAACAGCAAGGGCUGGUGGACCGUCGCCUCCCAGCCGGCCGUGAACGGUCUGCCAUCGAACGACUCGACGUUUGGCUGGGGCCCCCCGAACGGCUUCGUCUUCCAGAAGGCGUUUGUAGAGCUCUUCAUCCCAUCUUCUGACUGGAAAGUCCUGGCCGAACGGCUGCGUGCGCCCGAGGUCCGCGACGUGGUUUGCUUCUACUCGGCCAACGCCAAGGGCGAGUUCGAAUCAUCCGACGUGAGCGGCGCGGCCAACACAUCUACCGGCGAGGCAAGCACCAAUGCGGUGACGUGGGGCGUGUUCCCGGGCAAGGAGAUCGUGACGCCGACCAUUAUCGAGGAGGUGAGCUUCAGGGCGUGGAGCGAGGAGGCGUUUGGCAUCUGGGGCGAGUGGGCCAAGGUCUACGGCCGGGGGUCGGAGAGCGAGAAGCUGCUCAACGGCAUAAAGGAGGACUAUUGGCUGGUUAACAUCAUUCACCAUGACUUUGUGGACAAGGAGGCGCUUUGGAAGCUGCUCAUGGCAUAA